AUUGAAGCCAACAAGUUUGGAGAGAAUGUUGAGUUGAAUCAAUUCAGAGCGUCGAGAUGGAGCCCAACUCACCCCAGUGGGUCGGCUCACCUUGCGGGUUGCACGGACCGUACGUUUUCUACAAGGCUUUCAGGUUUCACCUUGAAGGCAAGCCGAGGAUCUUGUCCCUGGGAGACUUUUUCUUUGUACGAUGCAAGCCGGAGGAUCCCAUUUGCAUCGCGGAGCUCCAGCUGUUGUGGGAAGAAAGGACGACCAAGCAACUUUUAUCCAGCUCCAAACUUUAUUUCCUCCCAGAAGACACUCCCCAGGGAAGAACUGUCAAUCACGGAGAGGACGAAAUCGUCGCCGUCUCCGAGAAAGUCAUCGUCAAGUUGGAGAACCUGAUCAAAUGGAUGGUGUCAGACUCCUCCACAUGGACACGUGGCCUCAAGGCCGUGCCGCUGAAGCCGGCGGUGCUACGGGAGCUGGGCAAGAAUGGCCAGAGGGAGGCACUACACAAGUACCGCGAGUCAACGCUCAACAGCGGCCUCAACUUCAAGGAUGUGUUAAAGGAGAAGGCCGAACUCGGCGAGGACAGCGAGGAGCGGAGAGUCCUGGUCCUGAGCUACCCGCAGUACUGCCGCUACCGCUCAGUGAUUGCCCGGCUGCGCGAGCGGCCCUCCUCCCUCCUGACGGACCAUGUGGUGCUGGCGCUGGGGGGCGUGGCCUCCCUGGGCAGCGACACCCGCAUCCUGUACUGCCGCGACACCUUCGAGCACCCCACGCUCAUUGAGAACGAGAGCAUCUGCGACGAGUUCGCGCCGAACCUAAAGGGCCGACCGCGGAAGAAGAAGCUCUCCAUCUCCCAGCGCCGCGACUCCCAGAGCCAGAGCACCGGCAAGGAGGCCGGCAGCCCCGAGGCCAAGCCCUCUGCCAAGGUUAAAAGCGACUCUAAGGCAGCGCCGGCCAGGCCCAAGGGCAACGGCAGCUGCAAAAAGGCAUCGGCCGAGGAGAAGGCCUCGGCCGGGGCAGGUGAGGAGUGCCGGGAGGACGAGCAGGCCUUCCUAGUAGCUCUGUACAAAUACAUGAAAGAGAGGAAAACGCCCAUUGAGAGGAUCCCCUACCUCGGCUUCAAGCAGAUAAACCUUUGGACUAUGUUUCAAGCUGCUCAAAAACUAGGAGGAUACGAGCAGAUCACAGCCCGCCGCCAGUGGAAGAAUGUGUACGAUGAGCUGGGCGGCAACCCGGGCAGCACCAGCGCCGCCACCUGCACGCGAAGGCAUUACGAGAGGCUCAUCCUCCCGUACGAGAGGUACACCAAAGGAGAGGAGGACAAGCCCCUUCCCCCGGCCAAACCCCGAAAGGCGGAGGCCGGCGCCCAGGAGGGGGUCGCCAAGACAAAGGUGGUCAUCGCCAAGCGUCCCAAAGACGAACAAAACCAGAAGCCCAAGACUGAAAAGGACGUCUCGGUGAAAAGCCCGGAACCUUCCCUGGUGCCUGAUGAUGAGACGAAAACCCAAGUGGAAGCCAGCGUACAGUUGGAGGCUCAGCAACUUCUCAAGGAAAAGUGCGACACCAGAAAGGAGGAAGAACAAGGCGAAGUGGAAGAGUUACGGAUCACCUCGAAGGAGGAUGCCAUGACCGGAAAGGUGGAGGAGAAGCCGGCACUUCGGGCACCACCUUGGGAGAAUGGCACGUCUGACCAGGUCACACAGGACAAACCAACCUCACCUCAGACUACAGCCAAGUGUGUUGAACUCCAGGAGAAACUCAGUCUUGAGCUGCCUCAGGAAGGGACCGCUCCGAAGCCGCUGCAUCUACCCUACACUCCCUAUCAAAACGACAUGCCCGAAAGUGGUACUCCGGGCUCUGUAGGCGCGGGGGACUCAUCUGUCGUUAAGGAGCCCCAAACUCAUGUCGGCAUGGUGCUACCCACUUUGAAGCAGAAGCCUUCGCAGACCUUCGCAGUUUCGGAGGUCAUCCCAGAGAAAGAAGAACUUUCCAGCAAGGAUGACUCAUGCGCUGGAUACACAUCGAUGGCAUACCCUAGAGUCAAUUCCGGUAUUAUGUCACCUCUGGCAAAGAAGAAGCUGUUGUCUCAGGUCAGUGGGACUGGAUUGCCUAACAGUUAUUCCUUUGGCCAACCUCCACCCUUAAUCAACACAAAAUGCACAAGCAGUGGUGCCAAUGACCUAACUCCACUACAGAGUCAGCUGGGGUCCGUUGCAGAGACUGUGGUAGUAAACAGACCAUCUGUCAUCCAACAUGCCCAAAGCUUCAGGGCCCGAAACACCGAGGAGAGGAAACCUUUGGGAGAUGAUCUGGCACGUGAUUCUUCUGGGAAGUCGGAGACCCAGAUGAGUUCAAUAGGGGAGCCAUACUUGUUAAGGACUGACUUGUUGAAGUCCCAGGACAACAUGGAGAAAACAGCAGAGAAGCAGGUGUUACAUCCAACCCAGGUGCCGAGCUAUAUGGGCGACUUCUACCCCUCUGCACACUUUCACAGCCUCUACAGACAGACAGAGCACCACAGGAGGAAGGAGCAGAUGACCAAAUAUUUGGGCAGAGAGCAACUUUUUGCAGAGUAUGAAAACAUGCAGGGUCUCCCUCCCAGCAGCCCGCCUGAGAAUGUUGGCUUGUCUUACUGCGCUCACUUAGGCCAAAAGGAAAGGCUUUCUCCGGGAGACCGACUCUCGGAAGACCAACCAACAGACUUGAGUCUUCCCAAGUCUUCUCCUAAUGACCUUUCCUCCUCCAAGGGCUCUCUCUGUGGCCUCCCUCAUUCCAUUAUCACCCCUAUAUUUCAGGGGGCCAACAACCAGACCUCAAAUGUGGACUAUCACCCCAGGGCCUGCCGCGUCUCACCCAUGGCGAUGAUCCCACCUAAAAAAAGUGUAGACCGCCCUCCGAGGGGCGGCGGGACUUCUCAGAAUGAUCGCGGUGAGGACGUCAUUGGGUACAAGGCGGAGGAAAUGGUGCGGCCCAUUCUGAGCACCAAAAGCAGCCCUCAGAACAUUGGUGCUGCCAGGCCUCUGAAGAGGAACCUGGAGGAGCUGGAGAACGGGCUCCCCGAGAAGAAAAUCCGGGCUGUAACACCCAUGCACUCCGCCAAGGACGCUGCAGGGAGAGUUGCAACGCCAGAUCUCGAGUGUGAGGUCACAAAGCCAGCAGAGCCUGUCCACGCCAUGCACGUCAACAGCUACGCGGAGAGCCACAAGUUCCCGCUCCCCUCUCCCAUCUUCCCGGGACUGUACCACGGGGCAUUCGUAUCUCAGGUGCAGGACAUGUGCGACGGACUCAGCUCCUGCCUCCCAGCCGGGUACUCGCACCCUCUGCAGUACUUGAAGAACCAGGCUGUCGUCUCACCUCUGGUGCCGCCCUUCGCCAUCCAUUCUCUCAUGAUGCAGAGACAGCUGCUGGCGUCCACAGCCAGCCCGCCCCACCUGUACCGACAUCCCAUCGGGGCUUCUUACGGGGACCUCCUCCAUCACGGCCUGUACCCUGUGUCCGCGCUGAACGCGCAGCCGGCUUUCAGCCCACCUCAGCUGCCCUCCGUGCACCCGAGCACCAAACUCUCCUGAGCGAGCCAGAACCGGCAAUCCCACCGGCAUGGCAGCGGUGCAUUUGUCUUACCCUCCGUCAGACUGUCGUCCUUCCCAGCCAUCACGGCAGCGUGGUGACCGAUGGCGGGCAGUGAACUGCUAAAGACACUUGAAACUAAGAACAAUCGUUUUUUUUUUUGCACCUGAUUAUUUUUUGCCACUGAUGUUCUAUGAUUUGCACAUUUAUUCAGACUUGGGCCAGUUUGGGCCGAUCAUUUGUCGUCCUGGUGACACCGGUUGCAGGUUCCGGUCACUGUGCGGUUUAAAAAUACUGUGGAGGUGACACGGCGCGGAGGCUCUGAGGACUCUGGGGGAGCGGCGUGGCCCUCGAGUCACAAGGCCGGCCAUCCAAAGGACAGAAAGGCGCCGUGCGACGAAUCCACGCGGCGUUUCCCUACGUUCGCGUUCUCCUCGUUUCGAACACUAUGGAACAUUACAGAACACUGUUAAUGCAACUAUAAUCAAGGUUUACGGUCAGAAAAGUUCAGCGGUCAUUUUAAUGUUAUUCUUCGUUGUACAUUUAUUAUUUUUUUAAUUUAACUGUAGCUCCCUAGUGGUAGCUUCAUUUCAAAGUCCCGCCGGUUACCACGAGCAACUCCGUACUGUUGGAUGCAACACUUUGGGACUGCGGUUUGCAGCAAAUAAUUCUGUUGCGUGUAAAUAAGAGCAGAGCUGUUUCCUGUCAGGAUCCCUCCGCUGCGGCGGCGGGAAAACGUGAAGCGGGCUCCACAGAAUGUUUCGGUCGCUUUGCGAAGGAUCCCCUGGAGCUUCCCUCAUCACGUAGCUGCCAGGCGUUUGCCAGAAUGAUCCUAAAUAAGUUUCUCGAGUCUAGGACUAAGGUGUUUGUACAUACAGAAGCGAAAUUAUUAAAACGUUUUCUAUCCUGUUUCAUUAGCUACUGUAACCUCUGACAGCUCUGAACGAGAAGUGACAAACACGGGUGGGUGUUUUUGCGAGGAAAAAAAUGACGUGCAAUGUCCAGAACUACUUGGAGUCAGAAGUUGGCUUUUUCCCUGCUGGUGUUUUUUUU